GUGGGGGUGGGGGGGGUCUGGUGAACUCCAGAGGUUUCCGAGUGUGUUAGUCAACUGUCAGUCCUGGCUGCAGAGGUAGCACAGAAGCACAUGGAGAUAAAACACAAGAGAACGAUGAGGCAGCAUUGUGCUCUGAAGCAUGGGAUACUCAAGGAGUUCUUGGCUGAAUUUCUUGGGACUUUCGUCUUGGUUCUGUUCGGCUGUGGCUCUGUGGCUCAGUCUGUCCUGAGUCGCAAUGCCCUGGGGGAGCCGCUUACCAUCCACAUCGGCUUCUCUGUUGGACUGAUGAUGGCAGUAUAUGUGGCAGGUGGAGUGUCAGGGGCCCACGUGAACCCUGCCGUGUCCCUCGCCAUGGUCAUCCUGGGAAAGCUCAAGUUCUGGAAGUUUCCCCUCUAUGUGAUCGCUCAGUUGUUGGGGGCCUUCACUGGGGCUGCAGCAGUCUUCGGACUGUACUAUGAUGCCUUUAUGGAGUACACUAACGGGAUCCUGUCAGUGACGGGGAUCAACGCUACGGCUCACAUCUUUGCCUCCUACCCUUCCAGGCACCUGUCCGUCCUCGGGGGAUUCAUAGACCAGGUGGUGGGGACAGGGAUGCUGGUGAUGUGCAUCCUGGCCAUCAUCGAUGGCAAGAACAUCGGAGCCCCCAGAGGAACGGAGCCACUGGCCAUCGGCCUGAUCAUCAUGGCCAUUGGGGUGUCCAUGGGCCUGAACUGUGGCUACCCCUUGAACCCGGCCCGGGACCUCGGGCCCAGACUCUUCACUGCGGUGGCCGGAUGGGGCAUGGACGUCUUCAGCACUGCGGACAACUGGUGGUGGAUUCCCGUGGCAGGGCCCAUGGCCGGGGGUGUGGCAGGGGCUCUUGUCUACUUCCUGUUCAUCGAGCUGCACCACACACAGCCCGAGAAGCCCCACGAGGAGGAAGAGGAGGAGGACGACGAGGAAGAGGACGAAGACAGCAGUCUCAAGGACAAAUAUGAGAUGAUCACCAUGAGCUAAAGAGCUCUACCUCCAAGGACUAACAUAGUGUCUGGUUCAGCAGAUGUCAAUCAGGAGAAGAAUGUCCAACCCCCUUACAUAUAGGGACAGGCUUGCUCUCUCACUGUUGUCAUGGAGAAACCCUGGUGUAGAUAGACAGCCAUUAGUUAUGCCUGUCAGCACCGUAUCUGCCCUCUGGUGGCAACAAAUAUUACGACCGUCUUGAGAGUGAUACAACAAGGUGCGUUGAUUUAGAAGAUUCUCUUGCAUUGGCGUUCAUUUGAUCUCAGAACUGUAUUAUAAGUAUACGAAGGCACUUAUUGGUUUAUAGUGAUGUGCUGUUAAGCAUAUGGCAGUAGUAUCUGUAACACAACGGAAAUGUAAUAUUCAUGUCUUGACAACAACGAUUCUUCUUCUUAGUUUUCCUUUUGUCUGUAUAAAGCUCUUUACAUUU